AGCUAAGUGUUACUGAUGCAGAAGUGUGUGUUUGGUGGUGCUCGUCCACGAGAACUGGUUCUGAAGGAGCGAGGGAUUGAUGACAACAGUCAUGAGCCGGGCCAACAUCCUGAUAGGGUCAAACAUAAUGUUCUAAGGAUUGAAAAGGUUGCUGAGCAAGCAGCUCCUCGCCAUGGUGAAAGAGUUGGGAAUCCUGUUGAUCAGGGAGCUGGAUGAAAAUCUGAGAGGACCAUAUCUGAGAGGAACCAUGGCGUUCACAAUGACAGAGUUGAUAUGCAGAGGAGGAAUUGGCGUAAUGAAAACCAGCAUAAUGACAGGGAAACCGAAAGACGGCAGCAGAAGAGACAGCCUUCACCUAAAACCUGGCGUAAACCUGCCCAAAUAGAGCCUAAACUAGUCUCUCCUGAAGCUGCUGGUGUGCGCUAUGGAAAAGCAGCAUCAGCAUUGGAGCUUUCUCAAGCCUUUUCCAAACCAUUCUCGGAUCAGAAAAUAGAUGAUCGACAUGUUGGACAAAGGGUUCUUCCCGGCCAUGCCCAAAUGCCUUUUUCUCGACUGAUGGGUCCAACUCCAAGGCCUCAGAUAAAUGGCUACUAAAUUUUGAGAGGGUUGUUACCUUAACCGGAGUCCAUUGUGUCACCAGUAACUACCUAAAUGGUUUUAGGAUGUCAUUGGUUGUAGUUAUGCUGCAUGACUUCACGAUUUCAUGCAGUUGAUUUCUUUUUUUUUCAUUUAAAAGAAAAUUUUAGAUCAACUGGCACUCCAAAUCAAUUGCAAUGCCCUCUCAUUUUUUCAAGUAAUUCC